GUAAACAAAUGUUACCUGAUCGAUCCAAUGGCUGAUCUCAGUUGAGUAUGGAAGUCUGCCUGUGGAAGACAGUAUUUCGUGUUCGAUGCGUAGAAAAUUCGGGAAACCAUUGAUUCUUGUACGUGAAGUUAUGAAAGAAAUUUGCCGUCAAGGAGUCAGUAUUUAAGGUGGUAAAAAACAGACGUACGUGUCUUCUGAAAAGUGAGAUUGGCUCCUCCGUCGGGUCGAUGUAAUCCAGUUCAAAGCCUUCUUUUACAUGUCCAAUGAUGGUCCUGUUUGCAGGGCGAUAGUGCGAAAGGUGCACGUUGUGUAGGAAUACUUCUUGGACUCUUGGCUCCCUUGCGCGGUGUACAGGAAAACGUAAGAUGGCCGCGGUGUGAUUGUGUUUGCCGUGAACACCGGUUUUUCAGCUUCUUGGCUUCCUCCGAAUAACAAACAAGCCAAGCAGUGGUGGCAGUCGCGAAUCGUGUGGUUCUGCAACAUUGACCGCGGCGUGUGACGAUGGUCUUUUUGUUUCUCAAUUUCCGAUUAAUGUAUUCUGUUUGAUGUGUUUAUCCAAUUGGAAAUUAACGAAUUCGUUCUCGAGUGCGGGUGUACGAGGAGUGAUAGUGAUGACGGGUACCACCUCUUGAUGAGAGGUUGCAGUUAAGUCUCAUCUGAGUUCCCUUCCGCUAUUUACUAUUGGAAACCAGUUCUGAAUGCAAAAUGUUAAUCUGAUCCCCUACUCGAAAGUUCUGCUGCGAUUCUUAUUAAUUAUCGUGUAUCGACCGGCUUCGUAGCUUAUCACUUGAAGUAAUUCUAAGGAAAGCCGUUACAGAAACGUAUGAAAGUGCUCCCCCACCCUUGCUAGUACCUGGUGCGGUGCCAAUACAGUACUUAGUGUGCCUCUGAAAGUGAUUUCUUGCUUGUGUUCUUCGACACCUUGUCAAUAGUUUGAUUUUGCUCUGGAAUGCACUUGAUUGGAUUACAGAAAAAGUUCUUGGACAGCGUCAACAUUUAAUAUUUCUUUUCGGAUGGCGGGACGUUGGGAUAUGUAGCAGACAGAAAUGCAGGAUGGGUCUUUACGGGGGCCUAGGGAAGACACGCUUCCUAAGAAAAUUAUGGAAGAUACAGGACAAACGGCACUACAUGAGGCAGCAAUAAGUGGUGACGAGAAAACACUUCAGAUACUCUUGGCUGGAGGAGCAGAUAGAAACCUAAAGGAUCAUAAACAUGGAAACACUCCUUUGCAUGAGGCGGCAUGGCGAGGGUACAGCCGAUGUGUUAAGGCUUUGUGUGCCCUGCCGCAACCAAAGAACACAAAAGACAUUAAAGAGUCGAAAAUCAAAGGAGUAUUGCAGGAAACCCGCGGUGCUUUACACAGUGCGCUACUGGGAACCCGAAACGCUGGUGGAUUCUCGUCUCUUCAUUUGGCAGCUCAGAAUGGUCACAACCAAAGUUGCCGAGAAAUAUUGUUAGCUGGGGCUGACCCAGAUGUACAAAACAACUAUGGUGAUACCCCACUUCAUACAGCUUGCCGCUAUGGUCAUGCUGGAGCAACACGAAUUCUUCUAUCAGGAAAAUGUGAUCCGAAUCGAACCAACUUGAAUGGUGAUUCACCACUGCAUAUAGCAUGUGCUAUGGGACGUAGAAAGCUCACUCGAAUUCUUUUGGAAGCCGGAAGCAAUCAAGAAAUUAAAAAUGCCCAGGACGAAUCACCCAAAGACAUUGCAAUCCGAAAAAAUUUGGUAGAAAUUAUAGAAAUUCUUAAUUCCCCAGUUCAAGUUAGAACACCCAAAGAUCGUGAUAGAAGCAGUAGUAACAGCAAGCAUGCUGACCAGCCGGAUGGAAGCAAAUCUACAGGAGCGAAAAAGAAAACGAAGGAUGGAAGUGCCAAUAAUACCGUUAACUGGUCUCCUUAUGGUUGCCAUUACUUUCCCGACCCUCGAUGUUUCCCAUCACCGAAACUAGAAACCCUCCCCAAGGAACCCUUGAAGAAAGGGGAACAGUACUAUUUAGAUCUGGCAGGGAAUAUACGAAAAGGUCCUAUUGGAGUAGGGAAUACUUGCUACUGUGGACCUUUCUUCCGACACAUCGAAGACCGAAUUACUAGGAAUAGGAAAAGCAUUAGGAAAUAUGUACAUAAGGCAACAGAAAGGUUGGACAACAAAGUCCAAGCAUUGGCCCUCCGAACUGAUGAUCAAAUUGAACAACUUACGAGAUCCAUGCUUGCGGAUCGGAUACGAUGUGAAGGCAGAGCGCUUCACUUAGAGCAAUGGUUGCGACGCGGCGAGGCGGGUCGUUUGACAGUCGGACAUCACUCUAAAUCCAUGAAAAAUAUUGAAAAUGCCAAUACAUUGACCAAAAGUAGAAGCCUAGAAUUUCUCGAUGACGACAACUUAUCCGAAAGAGGAAUGCAAAAUUCCAGGAGCGUUGACCUUCUCGAUGGAUCGGAAGUCAUCGUUCAUAGAUCCGCUGAAGGAGGUUCUUCGGUUCCAAGUUCUGGUCACAGAGCCUCUAAAACUUCUGACAAAAGCAAAGAUAGUAAUACAUCAGAAAUGAGGGGUCUUGGCUAUUCUGUGUCGAGACGAUUACAAGAGCUUCUCGUUAAAACGAAUGAGAUUUUAGAAAUGGAGAAAGUACUGCGUAAGAAGCGGAAAGAAACACCGCAUUUAACUUCAUCCAAAGGUCCGAAAGACAAGCUCAAAGUUUCUGCAAGACGCCAUUCUCUCUACACCGAUGAUAUCAUAGAACAAUUAGGAAAACUUUCCGUUGCAGGUAGCUCUUGCAGUCCGCGAUCCAGAGAUCAGUCGCAAAUGAUUACUGAAGAAAUGGCAAGAAUAGCUACUUCACUCCAACCAAAUGAAAUACCAAAUUCCAAUCAACAGACUGACACAGGCCCACCUCUCUCACCUGAAAUUUCAAAAGACUAUGCAAGUCAAAAGGAGUUGGAUAGGAAAAGUGAAGCAGAACAUGAGCGGUCAAGUAUCCUCAGUGGAAGCUCCCAUAGAAAUCAAAGUUCUACUGGAAGUCCUUAUGUGUCUGACUUUCCGCAAGGAGGAAAUAGUCAAAACUAUCAAACUGCCAAGCUUUCAUUUAACCAAGACUACCAAAAUGUGAUGGAAGCGCAUAAAGAUGACACCGAACAAAAGUUCAUAGAUCUCAUAACAGCUUUGCGGAAAGACUACCAUUCAGUUAAGAAUGCAAUUGAAAAUGAAAUUACCAAGGAAGCCGUAGUCUCAGAUGAAACAACAAACAACUCAAUCUACUCCAACUAUGACCAAUUCAAUAGUAGUUUUUCAACAGGAGAUCAACUUCAUGAUGUAUCCAGCAUGCAUUCAGCUCUCAACGGAUUCUACCAAAAUGCAAGCUUUGAUGAUGCGCCAAGUUCUUCCAGUAACACUUUGAAGUCGGAAAAACGGCUGCCUACUUCUCAUGAUAUUUUGGAUGGAAGUGAAUCUCAAGGACUUCCUGAACUUACAAACAGUAACGAAAUCAAGGAGCUGAAGCACCGCAUAUUAAACGGAUCUAACUGGAGGAGUGAAGUUUUGAAACAACAAACUCAACAGCAGCAAAAUCAGAAUAUAAGCUCUUUAGAAGAGCCAUCUGAAGUGAAAGGAGUAGUUCAGAAACUUGAAAUAAGGAACAGUGAAGUAAAGACACUUAAAUUCCAACCCUCAUCCAAUCUAGGACGGAACAAGGUACAAAAACUUGUUGCUAGAAUUCAAGGCGAUUUAUCGAAGCAAAACAACAGUGGAAACUACUCUGAAAGUAGUGAAGAUGAACAGGAAAACAGCCAACAAAACUCAAUACCAAAUGAGGUUCCUUACUAUUACAACCGACCUCAGCCACAAGUUCCCUACCACAGUGGUCCUAACCCGAGCGUGCAGGAAAGUCACGUAAAAGCCCAGGCUCAAAUCAUCGACACAAGAAAUUUAAUCCCGAAAGAUGCAUACUUUCACGAUUUGCCAAAUAAGAAUCGAUUACGACCCGUUGCUGAUAAACUCCCAGACAAGCAAAUGCUUCAAUUCAAUGAACCAUUUCAAAUGGCGAGGACACGCAAUCCCCUUCCGUACGAAUAUGAUAUAGAAAUCAGUUCAUCUCAGCAAAGUAUUCAGUACAUACCACCUCAUCCAGAGAAACUUCUAUCGAAUCGGAAAUUCUCCUUUACUAGUGACCAUGAAUUGACGCAGAUCAACAUCAACCCCAGACUUCAGCAACCCUUGCAAAUACAAAUGCCUCAGAUGACUCCUGAGCAAGCUCAACUUGAACGUGAUGCAAACAAUGAUUCAGGAUAUAGUACAAAGAUAUGUGGAAGUUCACAUGGUCCGAGUCCUAGUUUAUCGGGACACACGGAUUAUAGUGGAAUGGGUGGUUCUGGAACUCACACUCCAGGACAUUCGGAAAUACAUCAUCAGAUUCAUCACCAAACAACCGAGCAUACUAGUCCUAAUGAUGUCCCUUAUUAUAUGGGAAACAUUGGGGCAUCCAGUUUGGUUUAAAUUAAAUUUAGGAAUACUUAAAAAAAAUAUGAAUUUAGUAUAAUUUUGAAGAUAUAAGGAUCAUUGUUUAACUAUUCAUUGAAAUUCGUUGUUUUUAUUAUGGAUUCUAUUCUCCAUGUAAAUUAUUUUUCGCUUUUUAUAAAUAUGCCUGUUACAUUCAAUGUUGUACAAAGUAAUUAAAGUGAGAAAUAUGUUCG